UUGUGCAACCACAUCAGUCUCUCCAAGAGCCAGAUCUCACGGAAACCCAGACCGCCAUGGAGUCACUCAGUGCCGCAAACAUUCAUCUGGGCCUUAAUCUUCUCAAAGAAAUGAGGAAAACGAACGAUGGCAACAUCUUCUUCUCCCCCGUGGGCAUCUCAACUGCCAUUGGCAUGCUCCUCCUGGGCACCCGAGGAGCCACAGCCUCCCAGUUACAGAAGGUAUUUUAUUCUGAAAAAGACACAGAAAUCUCCAGAAAAGAGGUUGAAGAAAAAGAGAAAUCGGUACCUUGCCGUUUUAAAUUUUUAUCCACCAUCAUGCCAAUCUGCUUUCCUCCCCCUCUUAAAAACCAGAUUAUAGAUCAAGUCACUCCUGAGCAAUUGAUAGAGUGGACCAGGCUGGAGUUUAUGGAGGUCAGGACCGUGAACUUGCGCUUGCCCAGGCUGCAGGUGGAGGGCAGUUAUGAGCUGGAGCCGGUCCUGGGAGCCCUGGGGCUGGGCGCGGCCUUCAGCGAGAGCGAUGCGGACUUCUCUGGGAUGUGCGCGCGCUCGGGGCUGCAGGCGCAGAGGUUCCUGCACCGGUCCUUUGUGCAGGUCACCGAGGAAGGUGCGGAGGCCACGGUGGCCACUGGCAUAGGUUACAUGGUCUCAUCGGCCGGGGGCUGUGAGCAAGUCCACUGUGAUCACCCCUUCCUGUUCUUCAUCAGGCACCGCGGGUCCGACAGUGUCCUCUUCUUUGGCAGAUUUUCUUCUCCCUAAGAAAGUCGUGGCCUUGACCUUGGAGAUGAGGAAGCAGUGUGGGGGCAGCGGUAGGAUCCUGGAGACCUUCCGUGCGCUUGCGUCUUUAGCUGCUGGCCUUCCAAUCCUAACGUUAAACCUGUGAUUUUAUGACGUAAUAAUGUGUAUUUAUGAUUUUCCUUGGAGGUGAACGUCCUUUUGUUUGUGUCCUGCAGAAUGUGAAUCAGACCCAAACUCGUUGAGACUCCCUGUGGGUUUCCUUUGGAAGUAAAUGAAGGUCUUGUAAAGUCUUGUGCAUCAGUGGGGAGAAGGGGAAUCUUGGAUAAAGAGAGUGGAUUCUUCUUGGGAUUUUAGGGGUCUCUUUGGUUCCAGUAUUUUGGCAUAUUAUACAAGUAAAAUACGACAAUCAUUCAAUGUGUGCAUUCCUUUUUCUUUUCAGCAGAUAUUGUGGUAAACUGCACACAGGGGAGGGAACUUAGAAACACAUUAGGGAAAGGUAAAUUAAAAUGCAAAAACCAGAGCAAAAUGAAACGAUAUUCCAGAGGAUUCCCUUGUUUUCACCUUCCAGUCAAACAUAAUCCUCUGUUAUGUUCCAUAAACAUUUUGAUAUUGGAAAUGCAUGUAAUAAAUUGAGGAGAUAAAUGUUGCAGCCAUCAGUACUCCUACAUUGUCAUUUUUUUUUUUUUUUUUUUAGGAUUUGGAA